CUGUUUUCAAUUUUUUUUUAUACACAUCAGGCGCUCCUUUCUGUUUGUUAAAAUAGAGUAAUAAUGAGUGACGGAAAUAUCAAUGAGCGAAAAUGUGAAACUCCAAAUUGUGAGAAAUCUGCAAAAUUAAGAUGCCCAACUUGCAUUAAAUUAGGCAUUAGCGGGUCCUUUUUCUGUUCUCAGGAAUGUUUCAAAGGAAAUUGGGAUAAUCACAAACAAAUUCACAAAAAAGCAAAGGCUGUAGCUGUCAAACCUUACAAUCCAUGGCCUGAUUAUGAAUUUUCUGGCAAACUCAGACCUUAUCCUGUUACUCCUAAAAGAGAAGUACCUGAUUAUAUAUUAAGGCCUGAUUAUGCUGAUCACCCACAAGGUGUUUCAUUAUGCGAAACAACACUAAAGGGUACGACCAGUAUUAAAAUAUUGGACGAAGAAGAAAUUGAAGGUGUUACAUUGGCAUCAAAGUUGGCUAGAGAAGUUCUUGACGCAGCUGCAAAGCAUGUCGCUGUUGGUGUCACUACAGAUGAAUUAGAUCGAAUAGUCCAUGAAGCAUGUAUAGAAAGGAAUUGUUACCCUUCUCCUUUGAAUUAUUAUCGUUUUCCAAAAUCCUGUUGCACGUCAGUGAAUGAAGUCAUAUGUCAUGGUAUUCCUGAUAUGAGACCACUUGAGGAUGGAGAUCUAUUAAACAUUGACAUCACUGUUUAUCAUAAUGGUUUUCAUGGUGAUCUGAAUGAAACAUUUUUGGUUGGAAAUGUAGAUGAAGCUGGUAAAAAACUGGUCCGUGUAACACAUGAAUGCUUACAGAAGGCUAUCGAAAUCGUUAGGCCAGGUGAGAAAUACAGAGAAAUUGGCAAUGUAAUCCAAAAAUAUGUACAGGCCCAUGGUUUUUCUGUGGUUCGUAGUUAUUGUGGUCAUGGUAUUCACAGGUUAUUUCAUACCACACCUAGUGUUCCACAUUAUGCAAAAAACAAAGCUAUUGGCAUAAUGAAACCAGGGCACUGCUUUACUAUUGAGCCUAUGAUAUCAGAAGGUACGUGGACAGAUGACACAUGGCCUGAUGAAUGGACAGCUGUAACACGAGAUGGUAAAAGAUCUGCUCAGUUUGAACAAACACUUCUAGUUACUGAAACUGGUUGUGAAAUUUUAACCCGUCGCAGGGACAAAAAUGGUCAACCUUACUUCAUGGACAACUUGUCUUAAAAAGCUUUGUUUUUGUAAGAUGGCCAUGAUACUUGUCAUUCAGAAAGGAGUGCACUGUAUUAAUAAUGUUAUUCGUAUUCGCUCCUUUUGUAGACCUGUGAUACAAAUGUAUUUUAUUUUAAAAGGUCUUGUGUAAAGUUGAUGCUAGAGAUUUGUGUUUUCUCUACAGAGCUUUAUGAAAUCAUGCCAUGUGUGAUGUUGUUUUAUUAAAGUAAUAUCAACUAUA